CGAAAUUUCAUUUUAGCAUCUGAAAAAAACGUCAGAAAUCUAACUUUAAUCUUUUACAAUUUAAGAGGAAAUUCACUGUUUCAGCUUUGCUCUCUUUGCUCGAACUUUCUUCUGCGAAAAGUUAUUACUGUUUGGUACCGUUGGCAACGUAAAGCCCUGAAACAGAAGAGCUGUGCGCUCGAUUUGCUCUUAUAAACAAAUUGUUUCGCCAAAAAUAUAUGUCCUCUAUUCUCUAAAAUUUUCUUCUGCGGAAUAUCUCGCCGCUUUCGUUUCGCAGCGUCUUACAUUUGACGUACGAAAACUGUACACCGCUUUCAGACACAAAGACUUCUGGCUCGAUCGAAACAUCAAAGAGAAUUUAACUUAUUGCCACUGAGUUGCAUAACAACUGUGAAACGAUCGGAUUUGUGUAUUUCCUUUGGCGGAAUCUAAUCAGACCAGUCCCCUGUAAUUCUCACGUUCCACGACCACCAACGUUUUACUGUCACCGAUUUCGACCGUCGAUCCGGUCACAUGGUCAUCCUUGAUUAUGCAUACGAACCGUUGUCGAGUCAGUGUGCGUGGACUCGAUAUGAAAGGUCGCGGCUGACUGGGGAAGUUCAUCUUCCGAUCAACAAAGUGCACGGUUUUCCACUUUAUUUGAGCGAAGUACGGUUCGCCGCGUUGCAGCAUCUAGAAUCGGAUGUGCCGGGCAAUUAAGUACGAAAUGAUCGUUCUUGUGGAACGCGAAUUAGGGAGAAAUUGCUAUAGACAAAGCGCGACCGAUAUAAAGAACGGUGCAGAGUCACAAACAAACAAUUGAUUCCACCACCACUGCCUCGACGAUUCGCGCUCCUCCGACUCUAAAGUCGCCAGUAAUCUCUCCCCGAGACAGGGAUUCGAUCAUCGCGCCGAGUAUAGUCCGCGAUCGGUCGAUCGCGGAUGAAAGAGCCCGAAAGGAUCUGGGCUUUCCCGAUCGAGGCCGCGAGCGUAGCCGCGUAAACGUCAUUGUUCGGAUCUAGGAGCUUCGUUUUCCGGCCAAUGCGUCCGCGGGUCAUUGUCGGGCUGCGCUAGAUCCUCCACCUUCCGGGAGCAGCUCGUCUGACAGCGGCGAUUCGCAUUGUUUCACGAACUAGUCGAAGUCGCAAUUGUCCUGUCCGCGUCUCGAGACCCCGAUCCGAAGCUUCCGGCGACGAACAUGCGCGACGCGGCUUCGUCGCGGAUGAUGGAAUUUGGCUACUGAAAGUGAUCCCGGAAUAAAUAUCAGCGUGAGGCUGUCGCGUGUAUCGUGCGGCCCCCGAUGGUAACUCGAAAGUGAAAUGAUCGAUCAGUGAAAGAAAGAACAGUGCCGGUGCGCCGAAAAUGGUGAGCAUGAGCCCGUCUUUGGGGGUGGCCACCCUGAAUCGGGGAAGGAACACCUUCCGCGGUGUGCCCAAGGUGGAGAUCGAGAAGAGAAUGAACACUUUGCUUCAGGCUAUGACGAUCGAGGAGCUUUACGCGGCUCUGGUUUACAUGACCCAGCAUCAGAUCGGCUACGACGUGUCCCAGGAGUGUGCACAAGAAACGCUGUUGAAUCAUCUACAAAAUGCAUUCAAAGUUGACAACGAGACGCACGAGAGCGUGUUAGAGAAGACGAGAAAUAUGGAGCCGCCGGAGAUGCACUUGAACGUCGAAGUGAUCGAGGCGAAAGAAUUGGCGUCGAAGGACUCGAACGGCAAAAGCGACCCCUUCUGCGCCCUUUACCUCGAGUCAGCGCCGACCAGAAGAUACAACACUGCCGUUAAAACGUUCACGCUUAGUCCUAUAUGGGAGGAACACUUUGAACUGCCACUGGACGACCCAGAAAACGACGUAUUGUUCCUGGAAGUCUGGGACUUCGACGCGGCCGAAACAGUGCCCGAGAAGAUGAGCAAGGUGAAGGACGUAAAAGGGGUUCGAGGUUUGGUGAAACUUGCGAAGGAGAUCGCGGUAACCGCCACCACGGGGAGUCACGACAAUGAGUUCAUCGGUCGAUGUCGAAUACCACUGAAGGACAUACCAACGUCAGGACACACGAUGUGGUACUCCCUGGAGAAGAAAAACAAAUCGAAACGACGAGGAGUGGUGAAGCUUAGGCUCGCCUUCAGCACAGAGCACAACAAUCGCGUGGCAGCUCAAGAGCACAGACACCUAAUCAGAGUGCUGCUAAUGCACGAGAUAGAGACAGAGAAAAUCGAGAAAUACUGUUGGUGCGGUCGAUGGUCGUCGCCAGCGGAGGUCUUGCUCUUGCAGCAUAGCGCGCAAAGAGGUUUGCUAAGCAGGAACGUGUUCUUGGCGCAAUGGAUCGAGUACUCCAGAAUUCACCAGGAACAUCCCCUAAAUUUCAACGUGUUCAGCAAAUUAGUGAUAGACCUGCUAAGGCCCCUGGAGAACGAGCUGUUCUCUUUGGACGAGACUAGACUCUUCUGGGACGCCACCAAGAAACUUUUGUUCUCGUGCCUUAAUAGCUUGCGCAAGAUCAGGAGGAUGACGCCUGGUGACAAGAACUCUAUGGCGCAGCUUUCUGCGAUUUUAGGCAUUCUGUCAGCCAUCUCGUCGCUCAAAGUGCCAGAUGAAGUGAACCUCUUCCCCACGAAGAUGUAUCCGUGGUUCCCAGACCCGGACGAGAAGCCGGGUGUCCUCGAAGCGUUAGAGUUCACCGUGGAACAGGGUGGCAUCGAAUGGUUCCAGCACAUAUUGAAUAACAACUCCGCGGAAACCGAUUCCGACGAAGACGCGCUCAAGUACCACAUCAAGGUGAUCCAGCUGAUCAGGGCCGAUCUGCAGAGCGCCAUCGAUAAUUACGACAAGCUGUUCAUCAAGCGAAUCAAUUUCCCAUACGCGAGGACGCUGUACAUGAUGUACGAGAAGAGGCUUAGCGACAUGUGCAUGGUCAUUACCGAGGACAUCUGCGGAAGGAUGAAGAGGAUCGAGAUUAGCAACUCGGACGUCGAGUUGAGCUUGGGAACGACUUUGUUCGAGCUCUAUCUCACGCUGCAGAGAUACGCUAUGCUCGGCCAGGUGCUCUGCGCGGAGGGUCAGCUCGAAGAUAUGAAGGUGCAGUCAUACUACGAGUGGUUCAGAGCUGGAGUUGCCCACUGGCUUGACAUAGCAGUGUACAAAGCACUGACACGGAUAGACAAGGCGGUCGAGUUCGAUCCGCUGCAAGCUGUCGAUAACAGCGUUCAAUAUAGCUCGAGUGCGGUGGAUACAUUAACAAUAUUUUACCAAAUCAAAGUGUUUUGGACGCAGCUGGCCUGGCCCGACGUGGAGGGCUCCUAUACCUUCAUAGGCAAGAUCAUCGAUGACAUCUGCAAGUGCUCAAUGGCCUACGCCGACAAAAUGGCGCAGAAGGCAGAACUGACGACAGAAUUGGAGCAACUGUCGGAAAGCACCGUCUACGAGAAGAAAUUCUACGUGUCCACUGCCUGGUGUUUCGCUAUAAACAAUAUCGACUACAUCAGAACGUCGAUCGCGCCUCUAGCAAACGACCUAGGACUUCAAAGUAUAAUAGACGCUUUAGCAGAGAAGAAAACGCAGAAAGAAGCACAACGUUGUCAGCAGACUCUACAGCUGAUUAUCGACAACGCGACCGACACUGUGAGGAACAAGAUUAUAGAACUGUUGCAGGUGGUUGCUAGCAAAAUGGCACCUGCUAUGAGCAGGUAUCUCAUGGAAGGCGCAGAGUUGAUAGACACUACCAGCAACGCUAUGGACAGGCUUUUGCAGUAUUUGGAUAGCAAUUUGGCUACGUUGCACGACAAUCUCAAUGAAGACAAUUUCCAGAGAGUUCUACUUGUUAUUUGGGAGAUCAUGUCCGAGACGCUGUACCAACUAGUGAAUAGUAAUUUAGAGAAAAGAAGGCCGCCAUCUUUCUACUCGAAUCUGCACCGAACUUUGCACACCCUCGUGCGAUUCUUCAACGUCGGAGCCGACGAAACGUCGAACGUGAAGAUACUGGAGAAGAUAGAACACCUUCUGGAGCUGCACGGAUUGGAAACAGCUGGAUUGAUACACAGAUACCAUCAAGAGCGUAUCAAAGAGCAAAACGAACUGGAGGAGUCCGAUUACGGCCAGAUCACUGUCAAAGCGCAGUUCGUUGACAAUUCGUUGAACAUUCAAAUUCUUAACGCGAGGAAACUUCGACCGGUUGACAGCAAUGGCGAUUUGAUAGGCAAGGUGUCUACUCUCAAGCGCAAGCUCAAUACAAUAUCUAAACAAAGACUGAAAGAAUGGAAGACAAGCAGCUGCGAUUCUUACGUGAAAAUCAGGCUACUUCCCGAGGAGAAGUUCUCCGAUCUGAAAUUGCCGAAGACACACGUACAGAAAGAGAACCUUUAUCCUCUUUUUGAUGAAAUCUUCAACAUUCCUCUAACCGCGGAACAAAGGGCGACCGAGGACGGGAUAAUCGCCUUCGAGUUGAAAGACAAGGACCUGUUCAGGUCCAGAUUCCUGGCCGAAGCCUUCCUGUCGUUCAACGAGAUCGCGGACACCGGAUCCGAUCAGGGAAUGGAAUCGCUUGACCAAAUUCACUUGAUGCUCUCGCGUCCGACGAAGAGAAGUACGGACGUGCUCCAAGCGUUGGAGCAUAGGAAGGGCGACAACCAGGCGACGGACUUCCUAUCGAAACUCAAUUCAAAGGCUGAGAAAAAGUGAUCGACAGCAAACUGUGACUUACCACGGGCGUUACUAUGAUAAUAGUCGUGACAGCGACGUAUAUCGUGGGCUCGGUUUGCUAUACGAAACGUCGACCAUUUCGAGAUCAUUCGGUCGAACACCCUUCGGCGAAGGGAAAUCGGAUUAUUUAUUGUCGAAUGCCUAUCUCGGCUCUCUGCGAGAACGCUAGGAACAGAUUAUAUAUUUUCGAAUGGAAAUUAAUCGUCGAACGAGUCGAAUAAAAAUCUCGAAUAAGCGUCUCAAGUCUUGCACGUCUUUUGAAGAUAACGUGGAACCUUAUUCGAUGUUUCCAUUCGAUUGUAAUCGUUCGGUGAAUUUUCUAUCGUCGUUCUUUUUAUCCACGUAGAAAUCAUGUUUCGUCGUGCUUGCAUGAAAACUGAAGGAAAAUUCCGCGACAUUGUUGCGGAAUAGAGGUGUUUUUUUAUAAAGAUUUUACGAGUACGCUGUUUUUCUAACUGUAAGCGGCAACAAUCGUUACCAGGCUAGGCAUCACUUCGAACGUUAUACACUUUCCCAAAGCAAUGUUGAACAUCGCAUUUUAAGACUAAAAACAACACUGUAAGGCUGAGCGAGAGCGCGCUACACGCGAGAGCGAUUUAGACGAUUACGACGCUAUUAUAGCACACGUGACAGACGCGUUAUUCACUGAUAUUUCGCAACGAUCGUGUACAGUGCGAAACUGUUGCUUCGUCGUACGCGUAUCCGUAACUGUACCAAAACAUAAUCAACGGAAGAUGGAUCGGAGAUUUUCGAAAGUACUCUUUGUAAAUAGUAUAGAAUUCGUUACACGUCGACGAGUAGUUUGACGAGGCCCAGAAACGAGGUGUUUCUAGACGCGAGAAAUACGAAGUCGUCGGUCACUCUAUUUUCAAUAUUUGUACGUGAAAUAUUUUGCCUCUAUGUUAUAUGAUACAACGAAUAAAUUAUUGAAAACCUUGA